AUGCCAAAUUUCAGGACGGAUUUAUCUAUACUUUACAUUUGUAUUGGUGUAAUUGCUAGUAUUGUUUUACUGUGCGUCUUUGGUGUUGUCUGCUGUAAAUGUAUCUCAUGGAAGAGGAAGAAGUCUAGGGUAGGUAUCUGGUUUUAAAACGACUUUUUUAAUUUAAAUUUUAUGGUUUGCCAUCUCUAGGUGAGCAUGGGCAACUUUAAUAUUUUUGUAUUUUUUUACUUUAUGCUUUUGCUGAUGUUAAAGUGCCCUUUUGAAGUAUUAAAAAUGUUUUUUUAAACUUUAUUUAUGUUUGAUUUUACUUUUGCCCUUGUAUAACAUAUUUGUUCAAGACUCCAAAGAAAAAGAAGAAGAGCAAGGAAAAGAAGAAGAAGAAGAAGAAGAAACCUAAGAAGGAAACGACAGAAGUAGAAGAGACAGAAUCCCAAACUGUGGAAAAGAAAAAAAGAAGAAACCGAAGAAGAAAAAAGAAGACCAAGAAAGAAACGACAAAACAAGAAGAGACCAGUGUUUUGCCGGACCGGACCGUUGAAAAACGCUCCGGACCGGUCCGGGCAAAACACUGGAAGAGACAGAAUCACAAUCGCAAACAGCAGAAAAGAAGUCGAAAAAGAAGAAAGAUGAGACGAAUAAUGAAGAAACCAAUGAAAAGGGAGAGACUGAAAAAAAGGAAAAGCAAGGUAGGACAGUAUAUUGUAUAAGGGCAUAUAUUGCGCAUACCUUUGGGGAAGUAUAACAGGUAGAAUGAGGCUUUAAGACUGUUUUUACCUGAAAUUAGGGUACUGGAAGGUAAGGUAGGGUAGAAUAUAAAGGCAUGGUAGGGCAGGGCAGGGCAGGGCAGGGCAGGGCAGGGCAGGGCAGGGCAGGGCAGGGCAGGGCAGGGCAGGGCAGGGCUGGGCAGGGUAGGGUAGGGUAGGAAAGGAGUGAAGCAUGAGACUAUUGUACGUAAUUUGUUGGGUCGUUUAACACCAAGACAAAUAUGAAAUAAAGUCAAGAAAAUGUUUUCUAAUUUCUCUUAGGAUAUUUUGGUAGGGAUAAGGUUGGGGGUAGGGUAGGGUAGGGUAGGCUAGGCUAGGCUAGGCUAGGCUAGGCUAGGGUAGGGUAGAGUAGGGUAGGGUAGGAUAGGGUAGGGUAGGGUAGGGUAGAGCAAAAAUAUCACGUUUUCGAUUUUUUUUGUUGUUAAACGAAGUAAAAGAAGAAAUACGUUAAAAUUUUAAAGUUAUUUGUGCAAUUUACAAAAUAAACAUAAAAGACUUGAACUUUAAGCUCAGCAUCAGUCAAGAUAGCCUUGAUAAUUCUAAAACUAAUAAUUUUUGUUUCAUGUCUUUACGUUAUGUUUCAAGCGAGUUAUGCCCUGCGCCGAUAAUUUUAAGCGUCCGCCGAGUCUCCGCCGAUACUCCGCCGACGAUUGAAAAUCAAAAACUUUGUCAAAAAUGUCAUUUUCAACCAAAAAGUUGACAAAAACUUAGAAAAUUUUACCAAAAAAAGCAUUUCCAACUGAAAACAUGUGUAAUUCGGGGAAAAUGACUAUUUUUUGAAAAAUCAUAGUGCCCUUAGUAUGCACUUGAAAAAUCUGAAAUUUUGGGACAAAAAACCGCAUGUGCCAAUCUUUGACAGUGCCAAGUUUGGCAUUUUUAGCGUUUUUUUCAAUUAAAAUAUAACGUUUUAGUUUUUUUCGUUUUUCUUGGGACACCCUGUAAAAAACCUCAUUUUAUCAUGGUCUUUAUUUUUAUGGACUUUUAUGUUGAAAUAGAAGAAUUUAGAGUAAAAUUCAGCGAAUUUCAGCAAGUACAAACUAAAAUAAUGUCAAGAUUUGACUUGUAAGUUGUUUGUCUUGUUUUUUUUCUUGGUUUAGGUAAACGAAUAUAUAUUUAAACGAUUUGGCAACUUAAUCAUCAGUUUCUGUAGGUUAUUUACUCAGGUCAAGCCCUUGAAAUUGUUUUACAUUAUUUUUAGGUAACAAUUGAUAGCUUGCUCUUGUUUUGA